AUGAGAGCGCUGUCCUCAGUCAACCCUUGGGAUCGUCUCUGGCCCUCUGUCGCGGCAUUGCGAACGGAAUGGCAGUCAUGCACCCAUUUGGCCGGAUUGCCCGAAGGUGUACAGGAAGCGUUGCGUUCCAUGACAGCAGAAAAAGAAACUCACGACAAUACUGAUUUGCAAAAUCUUCAUCGCAUUGGUGUCUUGACACGUCGGAUCAACACCUUUCUGGAACAGCAGCUAUUGAGUUCCAACAACACUAAAAAGACAUCCGAAGCAGUCUAUACUCCCAUGACAUUGGAUGCCUACGAUGCUCUCGUCUGGGAUUUCAAUGCUCCCUUUCACUGGAGAAUUCAACGACAGGAAAUUGAUGCCUUGUAUCAAAAAGGCUUGGCAGGAUCGAAACGGCAUUGUGAAGUGGCCGUGGGAACGGGUCUCUUUUUGCGACAGUGGGCCCGAAGACUGCCACAAUCCAAGGAGAAUGCAACAGACCAAGCAGAACUCGAGAAUUUGACAUUGAUGGACCUGAGUCCCUCCUCUCUAGAAGGCUGCUACCAACGUCUCCAAGAGGAAGAGUUCUUUGCAGAGAAUAACAAUCAAGCUUUGUUGUCCAUUGACAAGGUUCAGGCCAACAUUCAAACGCUCCCACCCAAACGCCUACAGCAUUCCUUUGAUUCUGUAGCGGCCAAUUUUCUCUUGCACUGUCUUCAUGGUAAAUCCAUGCAAGACAAGAGCAAUGCGAUUCGAUCCUGUGCCAGUCUGUUAAACCCGCAAGGAGUUUUCUUUGGAAGCACCAUUCUGGGAUUCGAGUUGGAACAAGAUGCGGUCAUGGCGGGUCCCUAUGCCAUUCAAACCAAUCAACUCUACAAUGAACUGGGGAUCUUUGGGAAUCGGGGUGAUACAUUCGCGGACCUUACGGCUCUCUUGGAGGAAUACUUUGACGAGGUGGACAUUGUCAAGGUUGGAUACUGUGCCGUGUGGUUGGCCAAGAAUCCCAAGAGGCAAGUGGCAGGCAACAAACAGUAG